ACCUGCUCAGAUGGACUUGAGAUAACGUCACCAGAAGUUUCACCCUUGUCCCGAACUCCAGCCUCCCUCAAUCACCCAUAAUGGCAGACCUCAGCGGGCUGAGCACCGAGGGGGCCGGGACAGGCUCGGUCGAGGUCGACGCCUGCAGUUUGGAGAUAGAGAGGAAGUAUGAUGUCAUCCCUGCCGUCAUAUGCUCCAUGUGUUGCCUGUUCGGCAUCAUCUACUGCUUCUUUGGUUACCGCUGUUUCAAGGCGGUCAUGUUCCUGUCUGGUCUGAUGUUCGGCUCCGUCGUCAUCUUCUUGCUGUGCUACAAGGAGCACGUGCUGGACACGCAGCUGAGCGUGGAGGCCAGCGCCGGGAUUGGCCUCGGCAUCGGCCUGCUGUGCGGCCUGGUCACUAUGCUGGUGCGAAGCGUCGGCCUCUUCAUGACCGGCCUGCUUCUGGGCCUCCUAUUGGCUCUCGCCGCCCUACUGGUCACUCACCAGUUCUACACUCCAACCACAGUCUGGGUCCCACUGGGUUCCCUUCUAGGGGCGGGCAUGCUGUUUGCUGUGCUGACACUGCAGUGGCAGAAGCUCUUCACCAUGAUCUCCACGGCGGUGUUCGGGGCAGCCAUCAUGACAGUGUGUGCUGAUUACUUCGUGGAGAUGCUGGUGUUGGCUAAUCAUGUGUACGAAUGCUUGCGCCUUACAACCGGGCCACCUCUGUGCUGGUACAGCUGGGUCAUUCUGGGCAUCUGGCCCGCCCUCAGCCUCAUAGGAUUACUGGUCCAGUGGAAAUUGACAGAUGACAGCUUCUCGCACACUGACGUGGUUAUCAGUCGGAGACAGAAGAGAGUCCAGCUAAUGCGGAUUCGAGAGAAGGACGCCAAGAAGCGACAGCAGGCAGGUGGGCAGGAAGGCACGUACCGCCGUAAACCCACCCCAGUGAAACGUUACGCUGGGGAUCUACUGGCACCGAGCUACCUGCAAAGUCUGCGGGACAGACAGAUGGGCACCGGCACUUCCCUUAGCAGCAUCGGCACUUCCAACCACACCAUGAUUGACUUUGACUACGACACCGGGUCCACUGCGCCCCUCACAGCUACAACCCCAGUCGUCAGGGUCUGAGCCAAACAGAGAAAAGAAGGGACUACUUAAAGCUCUGCGGUUCUCUAACUGUGUCUUCCUAACCUACAAACAGCUCCCCUCGUGCUCUUAAAUGGAUUUGAAACUAGGAUGUGCGUCUGUUCUGUCAAAGAGAAUGCUGCUUUUUGGGGAGAAGUAAGAGGUGUUUGAUGAAAGCUAUAAUAUAACCACUGUGUUUCUCAGAGAAACACUUAAGCACAGACACUAACAAAGUAGGGUCCUACAUUUCCUUUUAUCGUGUAUUAAAUACAUAAACAGCAAGUACGAGCCUCGUAUGUUAUUCUGUUUUGGUAGUGAAUAAUACAAAACAAUAUGUUUGACGUUACACGUACUGUUCUUAAGAAGUUAGUCAUUGCCCUGAAGUGUUGUGUUAAGACCUGUCUAACUGUGUGCUUGUAGAAGUUGUGAAAGUUUAUCAUUAAAAUGUAUUUUUUAGAGUUUUUUAAAGAGAA